AUGUCUUCAUCAACGGCAUACGGCUGCACCCAGUGCUCCUUCGCCACACCCUCGCUCACAGCUAUCAACACCCACAUCAACACCUCCAACAACGAGAAGAGAUUAUGGCGCUGCCCAGGCUGUGCCUCUUACUUCUGCCUCGCCACGAACCUGAAGGGCCACUUCCCCUUGUGCCAGAAGUUUUACACUUGGCGAACCACAAUGAAGUGGGGCCGUGAUCUUGACAAAAACUCGCGUGUGCAGUCUGCUUGCGACAUCGCGGAAAAGCGAGCCGGAGCUACCGCUGAGUCCACCUUUGGCCCUCAAAAAGCUAGUCAGACAGUCGCAGCACCCACUCCCACUCCCAGCAAGAGGGCUUUACCCAAGAGAGUUCCGCCCAAGAAGACCUACGACAAUGGCCAGCAGCAGAUCAGCAAGCGUCGAAAGGGGGCAGCAGAGGAGGAGCAGCCUGAUGAGGAUCCCGCCCAGUCAACCGAGGCACAAGAGUCGCCUCCCAAGAAGAGAUUAUGCCGCUCACGCGAGACCACAAUGGCCUCACCAUCGGCAAAGAGUCUAGAACGUGAAGCAACCUCCAGUGGCAAUGCAUCUUCUGGAAACUCCGAAGUGGGUCACCAGCAUUCGUGGCAAGAGUCUAUGGACGAUGGGCCUGUCCUCGAAUUCAGCGGCGAGGAAUACGAAGGUUUCGACCUCGGCACCGGCACCAGCACCAGCGAUGGCUUCGGUAAUCCACCUGACAACCCUUUCCACGAUCCGGAGGCUGAAUUUCUCCCUGCACUGACGAUCAACACCUACGACUUUCGUCAUGGUCUCCUUGGUAUCGUCACCGACGAGGACAGGAGGGAGGAAGAGGAUAUCGAGCGUACGAUCAGGGAGAUCAAUGAGCGCUGGCGUGCUUUCAACGAAGGUCUGAGACGUGAUUAG